UCACUUUAUCGUAUUUCGCUAUUUUUAUGUUAGUUUCUGCACUCAGUAGUAUGUUCACCACUAUGCAUUCAGCCUUUAUAAUCACUGUCCUCUGCCCCGUGACGUCAUCCAAGACAACAAGCCUACGUCAUAGUCAGCUGUUCAUCCCUGUUCUCCAUAUUGCCAGAUUAGCAAAGAUGUCCUGCCUGCUGGAGGAGGUAGCAGAUAUUGGCAACCCUUUGGAAAUAGUGCAAUGGUUGUGUCCUCACCUGUGUCCUGGCAGGGGGCACAGCUCACCCCACUCUGGCAGAGCCUCCACCAGUCUAACAGACAUAGAUUGGAGUCAAGAAUGGGAUGGGUGGAAUGACAUUGACCAUGGAGGAGGAGGAGGAGGAACCUUGUCUGUCAGCAAUGAGGAAAUCAGUAGCCAGAAGAGAUCCUCCACAUCCUCCCCAUCCCCACAACCUGAAGCCUCAUGGCUGACUGAGUGUGUCACAGCGAUGUCUCCAACCUGUGACCUCAUGGCCAUUGGCUACAAGAACAGACUGGUCAUCUUAUCUCGUCGGUGGGAAAACUUAUCAGAGGAGAAGGAAGGAAUGAAACUCGUCACCACCUGGAGAGGCACUGUUGGAUAUGCCCCAAAUGAUGAGAUCAGUGCCUUGCUGUGCCUGCCUCUCAUCUCACAGAAGCAGAGCAGCACAGGAGGGCCUGACUGGACCUGCAUCAUUGUCGGCUUCAGCUCAGGAUAUGUAGCCAUGUAUACUGAAAGUGGCUUAGUGCUACUGUCCCAACAAUUUGAGGAUGGGGUGGUACUGAGCCUGAAGUGCCGCACCCAGCCAGCCGGGAGCCCCUUGUUGCUGGCACAGGAUGGAACAGAGGAGCUGGUUAUUCUGUACCCCCGCGCCAUCACCACCAUCGAUGGUUUCUCUCUGUUCCAGACUCUUCGUGGGUGCAGGAAUCAGGUGGCUAAAGCAGCUGCCAGUGGUGGGGACACAGUAACUGUACCCCCCCUUGGCUAUAAAAAGUGGGGACUAGUGGACCAGGGCACGGUGGUGGACUGUACUGCCCCUGGCAUGUCACCUCCUUGUGUUUAUGACCACAUGGCUUACACGUCUCUGGCCAAAGGUUUCAACCACUCAGUCUCCACAGGUGUGCCGGCCACCUCCCUGCACCUCACAACAGGGCGCUCUCCCUUCACGGGUUUCCUCACAGCACAGGAGGGCUCGGCUCCCCCGUUUGUGGCAGAUGUGGCGCGCCUCUAUGCCAGCAAACUGAAAGACGCUCUUGUCUCUGCCGCCAGUGGUUGGCUGUUUGGGAAAAGCAAAAACAAAGAUGUCGAUCCAUCCAAGAUGAAGCCGAAGAUUGAGUCUGCAACUCCACUGCCUUAUAGGUGGUCAUUACCAGACAAGCCGAGACUAGGCCUCACCAUCAGCAUGGCAGCUGGUCGCCGGCUGGCCACUGUAACAGACGACCUUGGUCGUGUUACCCUCAUUGAUGUGCAGAAAGGCACUGCCCUUCGUAUGUGGAAAGGCUACCGUGAUGCUGACUGUGGCUGGGUGGAAGUUGAAGGUGAGUGGGGCGGCACCAAGCGCUGGGUGACCUUCCUGCUCAUCUACGCCCCACGCCGAGGCCUGCUGGAGGUGUGGAUGCCUCAGCAAGGGCCCAGAGUGGCAGCAUUCAACGUGCCCAAACAGUCCAGGCUGAUUUACACUCCCCACACUCUGCUCGGCACCAACAGUGUGAGGGGCGUGAGGUGUAAAGUGUUCCCAGUCAUCUUCAUCACCCCAGACGGUACCAUGAGUGAGAUUACCAUACCCUUCCACCUGGCCUUAGGAGGGAAGACCAGCAAGCGUGCAAGAGACCUUCACCUUGUCAAGACCCUCAAGGCCCACCUCAAGAGUGGCAGUGAGGCGGAGGUUUUGACUGUGAUAUCAGAAAUCAAGACCAUGGCAGUGAGGAAGCAGGCAGUGGCAACCCUCAUCCUCUCACAGCACCUCACUGUUUCCCUCCUGCAAGGACUCCUGGACCUCUUCCUGCCAAUCUACACUAGAGAGGAGGAGGUGGAAGUCAAGGAGGACGUUCAGAUGUUGGACCAUGAGAGUCGGCUGUUUGGGCAGCAGUUGGUCCGGUUGAGGCAGCUACUGAGCCUUUAUCUGGUGCUGAGCAAACUCCACUCAGCAAGGGAAGCCUCACCUGAUCCAGAAGACAGUGUGCUGUUGGAGGAAUUGGCCAAAAUUCUGGUGCUGACUCCAGAGGAGACAACAGACCUCAUGUCAGCAUGUGGCUGCAAUGAACCCUUCAAGGCAGGGAGCUCCAAAAGGGUGAGGUUUCCUGAGGCUGAGUUGGUGCUGAGCAUUGGGUCAUAUAUCCGGUGUUGGGAUGUGUCUGUUGGGGUCCUGGCCAGAGACGUGGGCACCUCGGCUCUGCCCACACAGCUUAAAGCAGACAUACAGCUGGAGAAGAGAAUCAGGCUAGGUGAGCUGCUAUUUGGUUGGAAAUGGCACAGGGAGAGUAUCAGGAAGUUCCAUGAGUCAGUGGCUACAAGUGGAGCCAACCCUGAGUCCCUGCUGCACCUGGCCCUGGAGCACUGGUCCCAUGGCUCCAUCCCCGACAUAGUGGCCACCCUGCACUUUGGCAUGGUGGUGCAUACCCUGUCUUCCCUUGCAGAAAGCAAGAUCGUUAGUGACGUAAGUGAACAGAGUGAGUGGUGGACUGUGGUGAGGGACAAACUGGUGGCCUCCGAGCAGCCUUAUCACGCCUAUUUGGCUGCACUGCUGUGCCGAGGAGUCCACGCCACCCUGGAGACAAAGAUACAUCAGAUUAGAGUAAAAGAGUCGGUGAACAGAGGAGAGGAGAUGGAGAUCACAGACGAAGGAAAUGAGGAGAGUAAAACGCAAGCCACUACUACUAAAUUUAUGUCUCUAAAUGACUGGGAAGGACUGUCAAUGGAGAUGGUAGAAUGGAACUUGGUGUUGUGGCAGCUUGGGUGUUUGUUGCCCCUCAGCAGACUCUCCUCCUGCCUGCCCUCCAGUGGUCUAGUGAGGCAGCCCAAGCUAGAGGUGUCUGUCAAAAUGCUCCUGGACAAGGGUAAAGGCUAUGUUGCAGAAUUGGUAGCUAACUGGUUCAUUGGCUCUGGGAUUUCCUUGUCAGUCAUUAAGAGGCUGCUCACACAGCAUGAUAAACAGAGGAAGAAGAAACAGCAAUUAGACAUGGAAGUUGUCGAAGCAGAGGAGGAGACUCAGAUUAUGCCAGAUGAGGCACCUCCUAGCGAGGAAGAAUCAGAGAGUGAACUUUACAAUUACAACGAAAUAUUUGAGUUGCUAGAGAAUGUGGGAGACAAGUUCCCUCACUCAGUAGCAGGUGACUCUGUGCUCACCAACAUGGCCUGGGAACUGGCGGCUGCAUGGCACAAGAAUCCAGAUGACGUCACCCAACUUUCCCAGGCAGUUGCUCACAUCGCUGAAAUAAAGAACUCUCACAUCAGACAUGGAGUGUCUGUGAUGAUCUGGGAGACAUGGGUCAGCAAGAGCAUUCAAGCUGCCUUAGGUCUAGUGGAAAAGGUUGGCCGCCUUCCCAAAGACAGGUUGUGUCUUCGGGACCUUGGCUUUGGUGAACACACCCUUGCACCAGUGUUCAAAGCUUCCUUCUCCCUGCUGGAACAGGUGCUUGAGGCAAAUGUAGUGUGUGAAGUGGAGAAACCACUAGUGCUUACAGCAGACAGGUUCUGGAGUGGUCAGGAAGGCUCUCCUGCGCUGGUGGAACUGACCAUCAUGCAAAAGGCAACCUGUUAUGACCUUGUAUAUCACCACCACCAGUUGCUGUCCGUCCUCUUCUUCAUUGCUCACCUUAACCUUAAGAACAUGAAGCCUCUCUCAUGCUUUGAUGGCAAGGGUCGCAGCGUUUUCUUCAAGCCUUUGUCAACGACCUGGAAUCUAGAUGGCCAAACUGACCCCAAUGUGUCCAAGGCUCGCAUGUCUCUCAUGUGUAAGGUCAUCAGUGCCUCAGUCAAUGCCCUGCCAGACAACAACAGUUCUUCACAGGGCAUUCCAGCAGGUGUUCGGCAAGCCCUUGACCUGAGUCGGGGCUGGAACAUGGAGGUGGAUCCCCUGUACCGGCAGUAUAUCUGUGAACUUUAUAACUCGGGCUUUGACAAACAGGCAGAAGAGAUCAUACCUAUGGCGAGUGACAGAGCCAUGUUGGGGUCCCAGCUGGUGCUCCUUGCCGGCCAGCGCCUUCACCACCACUUGGCCGUCUCCACACGUUCUGCCCACCACCAGGCCCUCACUGCUCCAGCCAUCACAGAGUGGCUCAAAUCAUUAGACUCUGGAAGCUUACGAUGCCCUGCAGUACCCCUGAAACUCAGUGUAGAGUUGCUGAGCCAAACGCUGCACCUUCUGCCUGAAGGAACACAGGAGUAUCGCAUGGCCACGGCACUCCACCAGACCUUCACUGCUUUUGUCCAAGAUGAAGAGGAGGAGCCUGGUCUACCCACCUAGCAGAACCUGUAAACUAUAUGAUAUUUAUUGUAUUAUAUAACAUGUGAAAGGGGAAAAAUAAAUUGGGAAAGGGAGAGAUACCUACAUCUGCUUUCCAUCAAAAGAGUUCAAGAGAAUGUGAUAUAUAUUGCGCUAUUCCAGGUGUGAGAACCAAACAUAACAAAGUAUGACAGGUCUGAGGAUUCAUGUAAUUCUCAUUUCUUUAUCUUGGAAGAGUUCUGCUUUACGGUUAUCAAAGUGAAGUAUAACUUGCAGUGAAUAUUGUCUUGUCAACAGUUUUACAAGAUGCCCUAUAAUAUUUGUUUUUUUGUUUGAAAAGCAAGGUAUGUGCAGUCCUGACAAUAUAUGUAAAUGGUUUUCCAAUGUUCAGUGUAAUUUUAAAUUUUGUAAAUAUUGCAAGCUUGUGAUUUUUUAUUCGACAAUAAGGAUUACAAAUUCAUUAUAGAACAGCUUUCCAGAGUCACUUUUCAUAUUUGAAGUGCGUAUCGUUAGUUGUUGAAAAAGAUUUGUGUUUACAGGUCUGAAAAGACACAACUUGUUAACAUUGAAAUAUAGAUUUAAAUCAUAAAUAUGGUUAAUAGUUUCCUGCAGCACAGCUUGUCGUUGGUUGUGUUGCCUGCUUCAAUUUUCCAUGUCUCCAAUGACCAUGGUUCUCAUAGAUAUAUCUAAAAAGCUUUAAUUAAUAAUAUAUUCUAGAUUUUUUGAUAAUACCCAUAAUACAUAAUGAAUAUUAUUUGUACAA